AUUCGCAACUUGCGAGCACGAAAGCCAAGCAACUCCACUCUUUUGCAUCUUGCACUGAUUCUGAUUCUUCAAGCAAUUCGUGUACGUGUUUCGUCUUCGUCCUCCAGCGGCGGAUGGUGCUCUGCGGUUGUGAAGCGAACAAGUUUCGGACGAUCACAACGCAAGUUCGGCCGAAAAAAAAACUCAGAAAAAAAGCUGACGAUCAGGACGCAAAGUAGUUUGAUUCCUGUGACAUUAAUUCCGAAAAUUCGUUUUUAAUAAAGUGCUUAUUAUAAAGACUGACUAUUUUUUAUAUCAAUUCGUCUAAGUGAUAUAUUUUCGAAUAUAUUUAGCAAAAAGGACAAAAAUGGCUUUGGCGUGCGAAGAUUCCCGAAUGUCGGUGGACAGCGAGCUGUCAAACUUGUCACCGUGCAAGCCAGUCGCAAACACAAACAACAACAAAACGACAUCAUCAGCAACUUAUCCAUUGUUGUCGACGGUGCUUUCAACGGAUGAGCGUCGUUUCGUCGUCAAAAAGGAAGAGCCGACCUCACCGAGUCAGAACCAGAAGCAGCAGGUGGAGUGCCCCAGAUUCAGCUGGGCCGAAAUAGUCGAAAAAGAGGAGCAGGAGAAGAACAGUCCGAAGAGUUCGCCACUGGUAAAGGAGGAAGAUUCGAGUGCGGUCAGCACAACGACAUCAACGUCGGAUCUGGUAAAGUGCGACACCAAAAUGUCCAUGGAAGAUAGUAACAGUAAUACCAGUCUGCGAUCCACGGGGUCCAAUCGGCAGAUAGAAAUUGAUAUUCUCGAUACAGCCAACGUGGAAAAGUACGAAAAGCUGGUGCGCGAUGACAAAAUAAAAUCUCCGUUCAAGCGGCGCCUCUCUGGUGGUGGAGAGGACGAUGAUACCAACAGAGACGACGGUCAUGCCAAGUUUGUCGAUGCGGAGCCUGGUUUCGACCAGCAGUACAAAAAGACCAAGAUCAGCGAGAACGAUCACGGUCGGGCGCGCUUCCGGAGGGAGAGUUCUUCCAGUUCGGCAGAUAGCGGCAGCCAGAGCAGCCGGAAACCGAUCGAGUACGAAAAGGACUUAUCGAUUCUGGAGCGCCGACAGAAGCAAAUUGAUUAUGGCAAGAAUACGCUCGGAUAUGAAAACUACAUCAAGCAGGUGUCGAGGGACAAACGCACGAAGGAACACCCGAAGACGCCACCAAAGCACGUCAAGUAUAGCCGCCGUGCUUGGGACGGACUAGUCAAAGUGUGGCGCAAGAAGCUACACUGUUUCGACCCUGAUGCAAAGUGAGAACUAUUUUUC